CUGGCAAAUUGCUUGCCUUGAUUGAUCACAUGUUCUCUUGACCAAUCAGAUCCCAGUAUUGUCGGUGACGUCUCUUUCUCCAGCUGGCAGCCGUUCUCAAGGUAAAUUGAAAUUAUGUCUCUUUGCGACGACACCCUCCUGUGCAACUUCGCCAAGUGUCGGGUCAAGCUGACCACCUUUGCCUGGGUCACGGCCUGUUCGCACGUGUUCUGCGAUCAGCACGGGUCCCGUGAAUUUAACCAUGCUCCAACCAUCUGUCCGGCCUGCUCGUCCACUCUGUCUAAAAAAAUUGACAUUUUAAGGACAGAGCUGUCGCCGUCCGAGCAUUACAAGGCCAUGGUGCUGUGUGGUCUGCGCCCAGACAUAGUUCUGGACAUCACUUCCCGAGCUCUGGCCUUCUGGAACUACCAGGUCCAUCAGGAGCGCAUGUAUCAGGAAUACAGUGCGACUCGUGUUGAAAAGCAGCUGCUACAGAUGGAAAAUGUUCUGACCCAGCAGAACCAGACCAGGCAGCUAGAGCUGUCAGCCAUGAAAGCGGAAAUUGCCUACUUGAAGAAGAUGUUGGAGGACUACAAGAGGAAGAACGUCGAUGUGUCUGAGCGGCUGAUGGAGAAGAGCAGGCAGUACCAGAAGCUUCAAGGCAUGUAUGAACAGCUGAGGAUGCGCACCAUGGUGUUGGACAGUGGCCAGUCCCCGCGUCAGCUGACAUACCACAAUGUCAAUACUGGGGUGGCCAGCCACCAGACUCCCGAAAGGAACCCCCACUUCUUGCCAUGUCUGGAUUCUGACAGACGCAGAAACUUCUUCCAGCUUUGCUCCCCUGUUCACAACAAAGACCGAGCAGUCAUGAAGAACUGAAGACAGCAGGGGAGACAUCCGUUUGAAAGUAGACUUUGUUCAAGACUUGUUCUUCUGGAAGCGUUUUGUGGAGUUUAGUGCCCUGUCAGUUUGUAUUCUGUUUCCCCAAAAAGGGUUAGUAGGAGUCUUAACCUUCUAAAAAAAAAAAAAAAAAACUUCUCUUGUUUGUCACUGAAUGUUCUUUCAGAAAGCUGUAAUAAAGUCACAGUGAACUUACUUUUUGAUUUAGUUAUCAAAUAAAAGCCUGGAUUGUGUUUGUGUGAUAGAAUCUUGAGUAUAGCAGAAACUUUCUGCGGCAUAUAAUAUCUAAUAUUUAGUUUUAUAUAAUGUAAUAUUUUACAGAGGCCUGAUAAAUUAAGAUGCUGGUUAAAAAAAAGGACAUCGGGCUGCACUCUUGACAUUCCUGAAUUAAUAAAAUACCUUAAAAAUAUAUC